AUGGACAUGGGGGUACUGCUUUAUUAUUACCAAAUGGUAGGACAAAGACAUUCACGCUUCCAUAUCCCUUUGGAUGUCACUGCUGAGUCAACGUGUGAAAUCAAACAAGGCAAAAAAGAGUUAGCAGAAUUACUAAAGCAAACAUCUUUGAUUAUUUGGGAUGAAGCACCAAUGGCCAACAAGUUUUGUUUCGAAGCCAUGGACAAAACUUUGAGAGAUAUCCUCCGAGUGAGGUAUGAAAAUAGCACAGACAAACCUUUUGGAGGACUUACAGUUGUCUGUGGUGGUGAUUUUCGGCAAAUACUACCAGUUAUUCCAAAGGGUACACGAGUUGAUAUUGUUGAUGAAUCGAUAAACUCUUCUUACUUGUGGCCAUUUUUCACAAUUUAUGAAUUGAAGCAAAAUAUGCGACUGUGUAGUGGUAAAGUAAGUCGGUCUGACGCCAUAAAAAUUGCAGAAUUUGACAAAUGGUUGUUACAAGUAGGAGAUGGAUCAGUUUACGAUGAUAGCAAGAAGGAGCUUAUUAAAAUACCUCAGGAUGUACGCAUCAACACGUCUAAUAAUCCGAUAUGUUCGAUUGUUGAGGCAGUUUAUCCGUCCCUCUUGUAG